AUGGAAUUCGAGGACGUCCUGAAGACGGUGGGAGGCUACGGCCUCUUCAACAAGCUCAUCCUGAACUCGGCCCUGGUGCUGAGCACCUGGCACGCCACCAUGUGUUUCUUCGGCCACCUGCUCGUGCACGUGACCCCACCGAGUCAGUGGUGCUUCCUGAAUGACACCGACCCCACUUCCUUAGACAUGACGACGCUGGAAAGGGGCAAGUGCCAGAUGAUGACAGCUCUCGAAAACGGCGACUACACGAAUGCCUCCGUUUCCAACGGUGACAUCAUGACGUGCCCCACUGGGUGGAGAUACGACAACAACGAAUUCUUUACAACAGUCACCAUGGAGAACGAAUGGGUAUGCGGAGAAAACUGGAAGAUGUACGCCAUUCACACCACUUACUGGAUUGGCUCAAUGACUGGCUAUCUUAUCUCCGGAUUUCUGGCGGAUAGAAUCGGAAGAAGAAUGAUCAUCAUCGUGCUGAUAGUCAUCGGCAUCGUCGGCAACGUCCUGGGCACCUUCUUUUCUGGAUUCUACGCUUUCGCCGCGCUACGGUUCUUGUCCGGUGUGGGAUCGGACGCGGUCUGCACGGCUGCCUACGUCAUCGUGAUGGAGUACACGGUGUGCGAGAGGAGAACGCUCAUCUCCUUUCUCUGGGCCAUCAACUGGAGCGUGCUGGCCACGGCGCUGCCCUGGUACACCGCCUGGCUGCAGAGCUGGAGGGGCAUCAUGUUUACCACCACGGGCAUCGACGUCCUGAUGCUUCUCGUCAUGUGUUGGGUGCCGGAAUCUUCAGGGUGGCUGCUAUCCGUCGGGCGCAAGAAGGAAGCGCUCGCUCACUUCGAAAAGAUUGCUCGCUUCAAUGGCAAGGUUGUUUCACCGGACGACCUCAGUAAACAACUCGAGGGUCCUGCUAGUGAAGCCGGUUCAUCUGCUGUGAAGGUCAUCCCAACUUUCUGGGAAAGCAGUCGAGCCGUACUCAAGUUUCCUCGCAUGCGAAAAAGAGUCUUUCUCAUCUACAUCAGCUGCUUCAUCAUCAGCCUUUGCUACAACGCCAACGCCCUGAACAUAGGGCGGUUAAGCGUGAACCUGUACGCUUCCUACUCCCUGGCCAUGUCCUUCGAGCUCCCCGUGAACUUCAUCUGCAUCAUGGCCCUGGACACCAUCGGCCGCCGAUGGCCCAACUCACUCUUCAUGCUCAUGGGAGCGAUCAUCUCCUUCGUCGUGGGAUUUUUGCGGACCGAUUCGGUGCUGGGAACCAUGAUUAUGUCGGCCCUGUGCUCCAUGUCGUUCGCCGGAGGCUACAACAUCACCUACCAACUGACGUCGGAGAUCUUCCCCACCGUCAUCCGGGGAAGGGCGGUGCUGCUCCAGAGACUGGUGGCCGAUUUCGGAGGCCUCCUGGGAGCCCAGGUGGCGUCCCUGGUGGAAUACGACAAGUUCCUCCCGGCCCUCGUGAACGGAGCGCUCUCCCUCGUGGCAGCCGUCCUUCUCUUCCUGCUGCCGGACUCCAUCAACCAGCCUCUACCACAGACACUCGAAGACGGCGAAAACCUCGCCCCGAAUCAGAGCCUCUGUUUCUGCCCCCUGUUCUCGGAGAAAACGAACCACUGUGGACGUCAGAGGUCGGCAUCGAUUACGAAUUCAGCGACACCGGGCUCAUCUGUAGUAGUGGACCCUCCGGCGACCUUCACUGCUAAUACCACUACUUGA